AUGAUUCUGUUCUCCUGCAAACGCCUCACCAAGGUCGCCAGUGGGGUCCACGUGAAAGCUAAGAAUGCUUCCAAUUGCAAUUCGGGUGCUGUGUUUACAUUUGGAAAAACUAAAUUUGCUGAAAAUACUCCCAGCAAAUUCUGGUUUAAAAAUGACAUACCUAUAUAUCUUUCAUGUGGAGAUGAACAUACUGCUAUUAUUACAGGAAAUAAUAAACUUUUCAUGUUUGGCUGUAACAACUGGGGCCAGUUGGGAUUAGGUUCAAAAUCAACUGUUAGCAAGCCAACAUGUGUCAAAGCUUUAAAACAAGAAAAAGUGAAAAUUGCUGCCUGUGGAAGGAACCACACCCUAGUUUCAACGGAAGGAGGCAAAGUUUAUGCAGCUGGAGGAAAUAAUGAAGGACAGCUAGGACUUGGUGACACUGAAGAGAGAAACACUUUUCAUCUAGUUAGUUUUUUUACAUCCCAGCAUAAGAUUAAACAACUUUCUGCUGGAUCUAAUACUUCAGCUGUACUGACUGAGGAUGGAGAGCUUUUUAUGUGGGGUGACAAUUCUGAAGGGCAAAUUGGUUUAAAUAAUAUAACUAAUGUAUGUGUCCCUCAUCAAGUGACCGUUGGAAAGCCUAUCUCCUGGAUCUCCUGUGGCUAUUACCAUUCAGCUUUUAUAACAACGGAGGGAGAACUGUACACCUUUGGAGAAGCUGAAUGCGGGAAGUUAGGCCUUCCGCCAGAACUGCUGGUCAAUCACAAAGUGCCUCAGCUGGUGCCUGGAAUUCCUGAGAAGGUGAUCCAAGUCGCUUGUGGUGGAGGGCACACAGUUGUUCUCACAGAGAAUGCCGUGUACUCCUUUGGGCUGGGACAGUUUGGUCAACUGGGUCUUGGCACUUUUAUUUUUGAAACUUCAGAACCCAGAAUCAUUGAUGAUAUUAAGGAUCAGAAAAUAAGUCAUAUUUCCUGUGGAGAAAAUCACACAGCUUUGAUAACAGAUAUAGGCCUUAUGUAUACUUUUGGAGAUGGUCGACACGGAAAAUUAGGACUUGGACUGGAAAAUUUUACCAAUCAAUUUGUUCCUACUUUGUGUUCUAACUUUUUGAGGUUUAUAAUUCAGUUGGUUGCUUGUGGUGGAUGUCACAUGCUAGUUUUUGCCACUCCACGACUUGAUAUGUUAGAAGACAAUGAUUCAGAUGAAAUGAAUGAUUGUUACUUACCUUCAUCUACAUUUUUGCCCAUCAGCGAUCUGACCUCAGGAACUGUCUUGAAUAGAUCUUUAUCAGCACGUAUGCGUCGAAGAGAGCGGGAAAAAUCUCCAGACUCUAUUCGAAUGCCAAGAACACUACCUCCAACUGAAGGGACUCUGGUACCACCCACUUGUUUUUCACCUCGUUCAGUUCCUUUCUGUGUGUCUGAAAGUGAUCUGCUGGAGAAAAUUAUGCCUGAAAAGGAGGGCUCCAUGCAGCCACUGGAACCAGAUUAUUUUCAAUAUAAAAUGACCAAAGAGAAAGAGACAGACAAUUUUUCAUCAGUGGAUUCAGAAAGCCUUGGAGAAACUACUGAUGUCUUAAAUAUGACACAUAUGAUGAGCCUGAAUUCCAAUGAAAAAACAUUAAAAUUAUCGCCAAUUCAAAAACAAAAGAAACAAGAAACAAUUGAGAAACUGAAGCAGCAUACAGCUCAGACUGAAAAUGAUGAUAGUAAUGAGUAUGAAAGUGAAGAGAUGUCCCAAAAAAUGAAAGAAGGGAAAACAUAUAAACAACUUUUGGCAAAAGGAAUGUACGCGAUGCAAGCACCUGUGACCGUGGAAGCAUUUUCAGAUGAGGACGUAGGUAAUGACUCGGGCCAGCACAGCCGUCCAGCCAACACCAGUGCAGAGGGUUUGCAAAAAGGGAUAUUUAGACGUGAAAGUAAGCAUGGUGUCUAUCCACUUAAUAGUAAGGAAAUAGAAAAAGAAAGUGAUGGAGGACACAGUCAGAAGGAUUCAGAAGCAGAAGAAAUAGACUCUAAGAAGGAAAGUGAUCUGGUGAAAAUGACAGGUCCUUAUAUAAGAAAAAGUGAAGAGAAUAGAAAAAAUAUUGACAUGUUUGACAACUUACCAAAUAGAGAUAUGAAUAUUGAGGAUGAAGAAAAUAAAAAUUUUGUUAAGGAAAGUAAAAGGAACGAGCAAGAUGUGCUCUUUGACGGUGAAAGAGGAUCUACAGAGGAGCCAGAUAGUUACUUGGAAGGUGACAGUGCAAGUCAGCAGGGUACAGCUGAUGGAUUCGAGCAGCCUGAAUCAGUAGAAUUUAGCAGUGGAGAGAAGGAGGAUGAUGAAGUGGAGACUGAUGUAAACUUAUGGUAUAGCAGAAAAUGUAUUGAACAAGGACAUGAGGAAGAGAUCGAACACAGAAUGUCCAAAUUCCUAACAAAAUAUGAUUUUAAGUGUGACUGCUUGUCAGAGAUCCCAGAGGAGCAGGAAGGAGAAGAUGAUUCAGAAGGAAGUGGAAUAGAGGAGCAAGAGAUAGAGGCAAAUGAGGAGAUGCCUGGAGGAAAAGAGAAGGAAGCAGAGCUCCUGUCAGAUGACCUUACAAACAGAGCAGAGGAUCAUGAAUUUUCAGAAGAUGAAGAACUAGAAGAUGUGAAUAAGGAUAUUGAGGAAUAUCUAGAAGGCAGAAAGAAAGCUCCAGGUGGCAAUAAGAGUGCUCCUGCAGAUGACCAUAGUAAAACCACUGACAUCUCAGUUAAAAAGGACAAAAAAGCCAAACAAGAGGAACGGGCCAUUCAUGAAUACAAUGAAAAUCCAAAAGGAAAUAUGCGUGAUCGUGCACAGAGCAGUUCUUCAGAAAUCCUGGAAGAUAGCGAAUCAACACCAAGUAAAGACAUAAACAAAUCAAAGAAGAUUUUCCUCCUUAAAAGGAUGUCAUUGACAAGUCAGAAAAGUAUGCAGAGUAAUAAUGACCCGCUUCCAGAGAUAAAACCAAUAGGAGAUCAAAUAGCUUUUAAAGCCAAUAAGAAAGAUGCUAACCAGAACGACAUGGGGCAAAAUCAUCAGGACACCUCACCCCCAAAUACGGAGAGAAGGUCAAAAUCUUGUACAAUACUAUGAAUAUAUAGUUACGUUUUCAUGGUCACCAAACACGUAAUUUAUACUUGAAAACAACAUUUGCGUUCUAAAGGAAAGUUUCUGAUAAACUUUUAAAGAUAUAACUUAAUAAUAUGUUUUAUUUGGUUUGAAUAGUACGACCAGUUUUGAUAUUUAUUUAAAUGCCGAUAUUUUUGACAAGCAGUUUCAAAAUAUGUGUAUCUCAAACUCUCCUUCAAGUGUUGUGGCUUUAACUGGUCAGUGUUGUGAUAUAAAAUAUAUUUUUAUAUGUCAAAGUUAA